AUGUACUCCGCUCAAGGUGGUCUUGGGGAUGCCUUAUUUUAGCGAGUUCCACCAUGGCUACCACAUUGAGAUUCGCAAUUUAUCCUUCUCCUCACCCGUCUAGAUAACCUUCGAAAGCUCGACCUCAACGCGAGUCUGCAACUGUCUGCUGAGUGCUGACUGACCUAGCUGACUCUGCUUCAUCACUGCCAUCCCAUCAGCUUUGCCUCGACGUCUAACCUGGGUUUCGAUCCCAGCGUCUCCCGUGAUAACCUUCUCCUCACGACUCACGAGUGACGGCCACGUCUGCCCCGACCGGCGACGAUCUUCGGAAACGCGACCAGCGGGCGAAACCCAGCACGCUGCACACGAUGGCCGUCCCUGAUCCGGCAACGCAGGCCAACGAGGUCGUACCUGCGAAUGGGCGGGAGGAGGAGUCAGCAGACGAGGAGUUCGCCGAACAGACCGAACUAGAAAAGACCAAAGCCGACUUCGACCUCCAGAUCGGCGUCGAGGAGAUCCUCGUCGACGUCGACCCCAACCUCUCCCUCGACUACCUGCAAAAGGCCAACCGACUGGCCGGCAAACCCCCUCCACAUCGCACACCAAGGGACAAGCUGGUGGCCCUGCACAACCAACAUGUCGCCAGGAAGCUCCAGGCGGGGGCUCAGAAGGCACCGCGCAUGGUGAAGAAGGUCAUUCUUGCGCUGUCCUACCCGCCGUCGUCAAGAUCCAUCAAAGAAUUGGAAAAGAUGCCAUUGAGUGAUUUGAUCGUGGAAAAUCACCACGAGGACGCCUACAUCGUCGUACGGACCAUCACUCCGCCCUACCAAGGCGCCGGAACCGUGGCCAUCGUCGAGGACGAGUUUGGCAACACCGAGAAGCUGGCCCUCUACAACCAGGGCGACUCCAGUGUCCUCAACGCCGUUCCCGAAGGGUCCGUCGUCCUCGUGAAGGAACCGUACUACAAGUUCAGCGGCGACCACGAUUUCAUGGUCUGCGUCGACCAUCCUUCCGACGCCAUCCUUUUGCGGCAGGGACCUGGCGAUGAGUUCAUUCCCGAGUCGUUCAGGACAGGAGAGCCGCUUACCAGUGCGGCGGACUGGCGAGAUGCCGGAGACCAAGCUUUUAUGGCGAGGGAUCUGCCGCAAGCUGGCGCUAACUACACCAGGGCGCUCGAACUGGCACCGGAAGACGACACAAAGUUCAAAUCGGGCCUCUACACCAAGCGGGCAGGCGUCAACCUCACCCUCAAGUGCUUCGACAACGCCCUCCAAGACGCCCUCGCGUCACUAGGCGGCCCUACCGACUGGAAGUCGUACUUCAUCGCCGCCCGCGCCGCCUACGAACUCACCGACUUCAAGACCAGCAAGACCUACUUCGAAGAAGCCCUGAAGAGGAAGCCGCCAUCGGCCAACGUGCAAAAGGAGUACGAGCGGUGUCUCGCCCGGGUAGAGGAGAGCGAGAAGGGCAACUACAACCUCGCCGAGAUCUCCAGGUCGGUCACCACCAAGAACAUCCACCUCGACAAGGCCAGCUUCAUCUGCAACACCGAGGUGCGCUCCUCCCCGCACCACGGCCGCGGCCUCUUCGCCGUGCGCGACAUCAAGGCCGGCGAGAUCAUCUACGCCGAAAAGGCCACCUGCGUGCCCAACGAGUUCAACACCGAGCACAACUCGGCCGCCGCCUACGCCCAGCUCGUGGCCAUGUGCAACGACAACCCUUCCAUCCACCGCAAGGUCAUCGACCUCUACGGCGGCACCUACAAGCGGCGCGGCAACGAGGGCACGGAGAUCGACGGCAAGCCCGUAGUGGACGUGUUCCUCCUCGAGUCGAUCCGGCGCAAGAACUGCUUCAGCGGCACGCACGUCUCGGCCGCCGCCGCGCUGGUCAACAGCAGCAACCGCUCCAACGUGUGGAAGCACGGCAUGUCGCGCGGCCUCUGGGUCUACGCCGCCUACUCCAACCACGCCUGCGUGCCCAACUCGAACCGCUCCUUCGUCGGCGACCUGCUCGUCUCCGUCGCCUCCGUCGACAUCCCCGCGGGCACCGAGAUCACCCACAUCUACCUCCCGCCCAAGGCCGCCUACCUGCGCCGCGACGAGCAGUACCGCGCCAGCUGGGGCUUCGCCUGCGACUGCGCCCUCUGCGCCGGCGAGGCCAAGUCCCCGCGCGCCGCCCACGAGAGGCGCAUCGACCAGCUCGCCGAGACCGAGGUCUUCAUGGGCAAGAAGGGCAUGAGUCCCCGCAAGCACCAGCCCGACGCCACCAUCCGCCAGAUGGAGCGCAUGGCCGCCAAGCUGGACGCGCUGCACGAGCCCGAGGUCUACGAGCAGCUGCCCAAGCUGAUGAUGGUCUGGCCGUCCAUGUGGCUUGUCGAGGCCUGGGUGACGCGGAAGAAGUGGACCAAGGCGGUCAAGUGGUCGCUGGAGGUGCUGAGGGCCUUUGGCUUCCUCGAGCCCCUGCGCAGGGACGAGAAGGGGGACCCGGUGCUGUGGAUCUUCAGGGAUACGUCGGCCGUGAUCACGUUUGAGACGAUCAAGGGUCUCAAGGUGCUGGCGGAAGCAUAUAAGGCUCUGGGCGAGGACGAUCUGUCGGCGCAGGCGGAGUCGGCAGCCAAGAAGGGACUGCAGAUUAUGGUGGGCUUUGUGACCGAGGAGACGUACAAGGCGUUCGACUAGAUCUGUCAGUGGAUGCACGUGGGCAUACGACAUGCGAUGGGGCGAUCGGGGUCAGCAGAAAUGAUUAUGUAUCCUAAACGUCCAUGGAAUGAAUCUCCGUUGAUCGGCC